GUUCGAAUUCCCCGACUGGUUUUGCCGAGCCUUACCGCUUGAGGCGCGUGGACCCUCAAAUAUGGCGCCAAUUCCCCAGUCUUAACAAGCAGCAAGCAAGAGAGCAUCCAGGUGAAGUGAAAUAUUCACAUUUUAUUGCGCAUUUGCAAAUACUGCCGCCACCAUGAGCGCCACAGACACUGUCACUCGAAUCACUGCGGAGAAUGUCGCCAGCAUCUUCCCCGACGUUGAUACCUCCCUUGCCCGCGAGGUCCUCCCUACACUAGCAAACACCCCUGCAACAAGCAGCAGUGACCUCGCCGGGUACGAUGAGGAACAGGUCCGUUUGAUGGAUGAGGUGUGUAUCGUGCUCGACGACGAUGAUAAGCCUAUUGGCAGCGCCAGCAAGAAAACCUGCCACCUCAUGACAAACAUCGAUAAGGGUCUUCUGCAUCGCGCAUUCUCUGUGUUCUUGUUCGACUCUAAUAAACGCCUCCUCCUGCAACAACGCGCCACCGAGAAAAUCACUUUCCCCGAUAUGUGGACGAACACCUGCUGCUCUCAUCCCCUGGGGAUCCCCGGAGAGACUGGCUCCCAGCUCGACGCUGCUAUUCUGGGCGUGAAGAGGGCUGCCCAGCGGAAGCUGAACCACGAAUUGGGCAUCAAGCCCGAGCAAGUGCCUCUGGAUAAGUUCGAGUUCUUUACAAGGAUUCACUACAAGGCGCCGAGUGAUGGGAAGUGGGGGGAGCAUGAGAUUGACUACAUUCUCUUUAUCCAAGCAGACGUCGACCUUGACGUCAACCCCAACGAGGCCCGAGACACACGCUAUGUUAGUGCAGAAGACCUGACGCAGAUGUUUGAGCAACCCGGCUUGACUUUCACCCCGUGGUUCAAGCUGAUUUGCAAUUCGAUGCUUUUCGAAUGGUGGAGCCACCUUGGCUCUGCCUCUCUGGAGAAGUACAAGGGCGAGACACAGAUUCGUCGCAUGUGAGGAUCAUGAACACCCGGAUAUACACUUAAUGACGAUAUAGCAGCAGCAUUAUCCUUGGAACCAUUAUCAUAGCUAGUAAUCACUCGUUUGGCGGGAGUCCUGCUUCUGCGAAUGUUCCCCAAUCCCUAAUUCUAAGCUGCUUUUCCUUCACAAUGGAUAUAAUAAUUAUUUAGAAUCAGUCGGGACUAUUGUUUCUCGGCAUCAGUCACCAAAAACACAAUACAGCUUCCCAGAAUCACUGCCCCAACAAUCAAAAACGUCAUUUGCGUCUUCCACCCGC